AUGUUGCUCUACGAUCAAGACUACGACCACGACAGUCUACCUGCUCCGAAUACGAAUACGUCUGCUUUCCCCGCCCGUGUGCCCUCACCUGCGUUGUCGACGGCGUCCUCGUCCGGCAAGAGUGGUCGUAGCACCAGAAGUGGAGCGCCGUCGAGGCCGCCGAGGUCGUUGCUCCGUUCGCCGGUGAUCGGGGCCGCACAGUCCCCUUUGGCCACUUCGCCCGCCGUCUUCUCCUCCACCUCGAGUCUGGCCUCUUCACCUUACCUCCAGUCUCCGGCUUCGUUUGGUGCGACCGCGUCCCCUGCACCUCCAACGGCAGCCGCGAGUCCCACUGCCAGCCUGCUCCAACCGGGUGGUCGCCGCGGCGGCGACUUGUUCUCCUCCCAAUCGAGCCUCGGCGCCGGCGUCAACCGCCAGCCGCCCGUUUCGGCGCCAUUUUCAUCGGCGGUCUCGCUGCAAGCCUCGACGUCGCAUCACCCCAUCAAUCCGGACGAUUCCUACGAUCGGCUGGCAACCGAAGUCUACUCGGACGCGUCAAUCCCGCCCAGCUCCGCGUACGAGGUAGAGCGGUAUCAUCGCACGACCGAACCUCUCAGACUAGACCCGUCUCGUCAGUCGAGCCACACUUCGCCGAAUCUACACGACGGCGAAGGGCGCGACGGAGCGAGUUCGGCGACGACCAUAAAAGGGAAUAUGUUUCCAACACCAAGGCAUACUCAGCCUUCGUCGCCUCCCCCCGAUAUGUCUUCCUCGAGUUCGCAACGAGCGAUCGGGCCCAGUACUUCGACCAUUCCCGAUUUCCCAUCUAAACCCAUCUCGGCGUCGUCCUCGCCGCGGUUGUCACAGGAAGGAGGGCCGAGUUCGAUGUCGAGGAAGAAUGCAGCCGCUCAGAGCAGGGGCAGGGAUUCGCCGUCGUUGAUGCGCAUCUCCAACUCGACACAGCGUGAGUCUAUGAUCCCGUGAUUUGUUCGGGGAGAUUGCACUCGCGUAGACAGGACUAAUCUCGUUCACCGCUGUAGACAUGCGCGAUCUGGCCAAAGGGAAACGAACACGGAGAGACGGAAGUCAGACUUCGCAAUCGAUCGGGAGUAGGACUAGGAAUAGCUUAGCCAGUCUGGCGAGUGUAAUGUCCAGCACCGGUGAUUCGAUAUAUGAGGACGCUAUCGAGGGGGAAUGGUCAUCGGUCGACGACGAGGAGAGAUCGGGAGAAGAAGACAACAGCGAGGAUCAGGCGGGGGAUGAAACAGCGCAGGCGAUUCCAGAAGGUGGGGGAAGGCGAUGCGAAAACGUAGACGCCUGUAGUCAGGUCGAUGGCGCUAACGUGUAGGUGUUGCCGCCUUUCCACAGACGCCAACUUGGGCAUCGGACAGGCAUCUUCCUCGUCGAUGCCUACGACCGCCGCCUCGACGGAUCACCCCGCGAGUCUGAAACUGUUCUCACCCGUUUCGAGCGCGAACUUUGACAUCGCUUCAAUCAACCCCAACUCUCUGCAACGACGCAUCUCGAUCGACUCUGCACGGUCCAUGACUGAGCGUCGGGCGAGUCUCCAUGCGGGUUAUGGCUCCUCGCUCACCUCGAGCCAGUCCAAACGAGUUUCCCUCACCCAACCGGGUCCGACCGUCAUCCCGCUUCGCCGGUAUUCGGGUGCUUUCAACCCACGGUUGUCGACGCCGGAUUUCGGCUCUUCGAAAGGCUCCAAUGCAUCCGAUCAUGAUCACUCGAACACCCUCGAACCGACCCUCAGCCCUCGACGCGCCUCUUUCGUCCCCAAGCCGCUCGUUUUGACCCCUGCUCGAACGCUUGUGGCGCCAUUGACGACGACGAGCAGCGCGAACGUCGCGAGAAGAGGCUCAAUCUCUCCUACCCUCGGGUCUUCGACCGAUUGGAGACGAUCGACCGAUCUCUACAACCUCAAUGGGGCAGUGUCACAUUCUCGUCGCUCGAGCUCCGAUGUCGACGGCCCAGUUCUAUUAACUAGUCGACGCCAGUCUACGAUCGGCUACGUCGGACCGCAACGAGACAGCAUCGUCUCGGCCGGUGGCAGCAGUCAGCAAACUCACCUGAGUCGGACAGGCAGCUCGGGCGGUGGCAAUGGCGGUGCGUACGGCCAAAAGUGGACGGAGCGACGGAAACGUAGCGUCAGUGAGGACACGGGUCAAACUCGCACGAGCGAGAGCUUCGGUAUCGGGGAACGACAAACCAACUCGGGCGAAAGUCCAGAUUCAAGCGUCAGUGGGUGGAGUGAGGAGCGUGCGACUGGACCUGAUGCUACACCUAGUGAACUGGCGGGGGCGAAGAGUGGCUCGAGCGAUCGCGACAGUCCUUCGUCGACCGACAAGGAGUGGGAGCAUGAGCUCGUACGACGAGGGACUACACCUUUGGAUGUCGUUACUGAGAGUCCGGAUAUCAGCAUGGUCAAGAACAAGCAGAGAUCCCGCGAUGCUCAGCACAUCAUUCCGGUGAUGCCUUCGAUUGAGCUGUCGCAGCCCUCGCCUGUCCGAGGCGAGUCGGGACUGGGCAUCACUCGCUAUUUGAAAGAGAACGGCAAUGAGGAGGUCAACCUCUUGUCGUUGCCGAACAACCGGGACAUUGAGACCGAGUCUCCGACACCACCACCGACCAUCCCUUUGCCUGGUUUGCCUCGCAGUGCUUCCCAAAUCGCGAUGGAAGAAGCCGUGCCCAGACCAUCUCGCAAGGACAGCCAUAAUGCUGGAUAUCGUGGGCUGAGUAUUUAUGACGAGAACUGGGACGGUUCGAUGGUCAUUCCCUCAAGCCCAAGCACCGUCGGGGCCGGCACAGCCUCACCGGCCAACUCGCCUCUGAUCGCUCUGUCGCCGCAAAGCCAAUGGAACGGCUUCUUCACCCGAGGUCGUGAGGUCACCACAGCCGUCGGUAUGAGCCCGACUGCAGCUGCAGCGGUGAACCGCGCGAGUCAUCAUAGCGGCCACUCGACCAUCAAGAACUCCGCGGCUCCCGAGAUCCAGCAGUCUCUGACGUUGGGUGCUAGGAUGCGCAAACCCAUCUCGAUCGGGUCCACGAAGCCUGGAGAGCAGACCGUGGCAAAGCGCUUGUCGAUGUCGUUCACGCGGAAAGGAAAGGAUGCGGUAACGGCGGCGUCGGAGUUGACAAAAGACGGCACUUUGGCUGCUCAGGACAGACUCGCGCGCCAACAUUCGGCGAAUACCCUGAAGCAGCAGAGCUCGCGCGGCAGCUUCGACCCAUCCCCAACGCCGCGCAAGUCGUCCGAUGCAGGAUUGGCGAUCUGGCCACCUCCCAAUGAUGGCCACACUCGCAUGAUUCAUGCCGGACCUCGCAUGAUUCAUUCGUCGGAUUCGUCGGAAGAGUACAGUCCUGUGCUGAGUGAUGGAGAAAUUGCCUCGUCCCGACCGAACAACUGGGGUACGCGCGCAUCGAGGCGACCUUCCGUAUCAACGACGACGACGUACGAAUCCUCAAAUGCAACGGGCUCGUCUCGACGUCGUUCGAUCAUGCUCGAACCUCGCGAUCCUCGUACUCGCAAUCCCUCGGGCCCAGAGGAUUUCUUCGAGGUCUUGAUGUCGUCCGAGCCGAGUGCCCCUCGCGGUUCGGGUGACUCUCAGGCAGGGUUUCUGGCCGCGUCAGCGCGAGAACGACGGAGCCCUGGCGAGCUGGGAGGUCGGUGGAGCUACUAUUCGAACGGGACAGUUGGAUCGUCGGGUACGCCUGGCUCUUCGGCAGGUCAUGUCUUCCCGACUGGCCCUUCCAGCAGCCACACUUCACCAGUUCUGCAGCAGCAACCACUUCCAACGCCGGUCGAGGCGAAGAAGAAGCGCCCCAUCUCUCGUUUCCUUACCGGCUUUACUCGCAAGGGCUCGAAAACACCGCGGUCGGAUGCGCAGUCCUCUGGCGACUCUACGCGAGCUCGUAGUCCCAUGUCGAUCCCUCCAACGAACGGGUUCUCGCAACCCCCACGCCCGAGUUCGGCGGUCAAAAAGCCGAUUCUCAUUGCUCCUCGAGCGUCGAGGAGCGCUCGCGAUCAUUCGGCCCUGCCAAGGAUCUACACCGAAGCUCCUCCGAGUCCUCCGAUGCGUUCUCUUCCCAUGCCAAACCCCGACUACAACCCCCCGCCGAUCGCCCCUUCGGCACUGGAUGCGCGUCGACCACUGAGCACGAUCGAUUCUCGUCCUGAAUCGCUCGCAUCUGGUGCACCUACGCCUUCACUUUCGGCGCAGCAUAUUCCUGCGUUCCGGUCGGUCUCGCCGUUGUUCAAGGAUGCCGAAUUUGCUUCGACAGCUUCGAAGAGAAAUGAACUUCCUCCCCUACCGAGAAAAGCGUCGGAUCGUGCGGCGCAGCCGUACGAUCCUGAGCCCUAUGCUGAAGAGAUCCGCCUAUCACCCGCGACCCCCUCUGCCAAAAGCUCCAUGGACGACCUCCGAGGUACGCCGCGCAACUUUGUCUUACCUCCUGGGCUAGCCCCACCUCUCCCAGCGGGAGCGGUCGCCGGCGCAGCUUCGUUCAGCGGUCAGCAAGGCAAGGGUGGCUCUUCUCCAGGAUCCCCUCCCGCUCCUCUGGACAUCGAAUCGAGCCUCUCUAUCAGCCCGACCUCGUCCCGUCUUUCGCCCAACUCCACAAACCCUUCAGACCCCUCCCGAUCACCCGUGAUGACCUCUCUAACAGUGCACGACAAUCGCUCCCGCGGGUCUUCUGUCGGCGCGUCAAGUUCUUAUUCGAGGACUUCGAACGCGACGACGAAUCAGGCUCGUGCGAGUCGGAGAGGUCAACAGGGGAUCAAUCCAGGGAGGGAGGAUCAUGAUGAGUACGAGGGGUAUCACGAGGUGCGACAGGGGCCUAUUGGGGUAAGGGAUGUGUUCAGGACACAGUUGUUGGAACGAUGA